UUCCUCAAGAAUGUUCUACAAAGAGUGACCAAUUUACGUAACAAAACCAAUCCCUCAAAUCAACAGAACACCAAAAUCUGAAAAUCCCUAAUUUCCCCAAUUUCCCCAAUUUCAUAUCAUCUUCAUCCUGAAAGAAGAGAGAGAAAUCUCUGAAGGAAGAGAGAGAAAACGAUGUCUCACUUCGGAAGAACUGGUCCUCCUGAUAUCGCCGAUACUUACUCUCUUCUCGUUCUCAACAUCACCUUUCGAACUACGCCCGAUGAUUUGUUUCCGUUGUUUGAUAAGUAUGGCAAGGUUGUCGACAUUUUUAUUCCUCGUGAUCGAAGGACUGGGGAAUCCCGUGGUUUCACCUUUGUUCGAUACAAGUAUGCCGAUGAAGCUCAAAAGGCUGUGGAUAGGCUUGAUGGGAGGGUUGUGGAUGGUAGAGAAAUAGCUGUCCAAUUCGCGAAAUAUGGUCCAAAUGCAGAGAAAAUUCAAAAAGGAAGGAUUGUUGAGUCUAUUUCCAAGGUCCGAAGUCCAAGGCGGAGGUACCGAGAUGAUUACGAUAGAGAUAGGGUAUAUUCCAGAAGAAGAAGUCGUAGUAGAAGCUUGGACAGGUAUGAUCGUGACAGGUAUCGCAGAAGGGACAGAGAUUAUCGUCGCCGAAGUAGGAGUCGCAGUUACACUCCUGAAAAGUAUAGAAGUCGGGGACGAGAUGGCUAUGAUGAUGACAGAAGCUAUCGAAGCAGAUCAGCUGAUAGUGCCUCUCCAAGACGAAGUCGCAGUCCACGUAGAAGUAUUUCACCAAGGCGGAGUGCUUCACCUCGUAGUCCAUCUCGUUCAAGGAGUCAUAGUCCAGAGAAGCGCAGCCCUGAUGAACGUACAUCAGUCCCUCGCCGUUCAGCAUCUCCUCAGGCUGUUUCUCCUCAUAAUGGCCCUUCUGCGCAUAAAUCAGUUGAGGCAUGAACCCAGCUGAAAACUGGAGCAGUGAUUUGUUGCAGAUGAACAGCUCUAGAGGUCACUUGAUGAUGUAGAAUGAUUUUGUGCAUUGGUAGCUUGGAGUAUUGAGUUAGACUUUUGGAUAGGAGUGGAACAUUUAUGGCUAUGAUGUAUUUGCACCCUGCGCUGUGGGUUUGCUUCAAUAUACCUUUGGAUCUUUCUGAUGUGACAAUCAAUAUACCGGCUGCUGAUCUGAUACUUGCUGGUUGCUGUUUUAUAUGAUCUAUGGACCUUUAUGAUGGAAAGACUGGUGCUGUUGCAACUUGACCUUAUCCUCAUAAAAUCCUGCUAAUUGCAUAAGAAAACAAGGUUCAAUGACAUGAAUGGAUGUGUAGCUGUGCUGUUGGUCCUGCUACUUCCAAUGGUCUGUACCUGUUGUCAUAAUGCUGAAUUGCUGAUUAUGUUUGUGAAUGAGACCACAUUAGCCCGGGGAACAAUGCAUCCACAACAACUGGAUGUGCUCAUGGCUCGUGAUUGUAGCUGUCAAGCAGUUGCGGAGUUCUGCCUGUAGUUUGAGAUUUUCGUGUUGCUUGGUCGUAGCUUUGCUGAAAAGCUUUUUGGUGGCUGUUGGUGGCCAAUAGUUGGGUUCGGGUCGGGCUAUCUAAGAUAUGACUGUUGUUUGUUUUGACCAUCGUGUAGCUGUUCCUGGCUCGUGGUUUUUUCUGACUGCUAGUAGAGCUGUUUGAUUUUGAGCAGAUCUUUGUUCGAUACAGCCUUUAGUUUUAUGUAUGACCAACGGCAAGAGCAUUUAAAUGAGGUGCAAAAGUGUGUGUCUUGCAUUGCCCAUGGUAUUUUCUCACAUCAUUUUGUAGUCCAUGCUUGUUGCUGAUUCUGAAGUCGUUCUUUACUGAAUCUCUUUUUGUUAAAAUAUCAUCUGAACUUAGGAAGACAUGUACUAGUAUGUGAGCGGAAACUAAUCUGCUAGUUUGUUUACCAGUUUUUAUCUGUCAAAUUCCCCUUUUCAAGUCUCCACUUCGAAGGUUAAGUUUGUGUGUUGUAGCUUGUAUAAAUUUAUCAAACUGGUUAGGAUUUAAUUGUCUUACUGAAAAGAAAACCCAGAAAAAUAUGAGCACUGUUCAGUUCAUUCCCUAGAUAUUUUGUUUAUCUGGGGGUAAAA